AUGUCUAAAUUAUUUGAACACGAAGCAUUAAAAGAUUUUGCUAGAAAACGGGUUAAUGAGGAAAUGAUCCGAUUUCUAGCAGCAAAUACAAAGUGUAUAAUAAGAGUAAUAAACGAAGAUACAGCAAACUCUAAUAAUAAAAUUCCUUCAUUAGUUGAUUUCAUUAAAGGUUUGGUUAUUGGAUCUAAUGUCCAAACCCCAACACUAAUGUCUACCAUUGUAUAUCUAACUAAAUUAAGAAGUAUACUUCCCACUAACGUAUAUGGUAUUGAAACAACCAGGCACCGUAUUUUCGUUGGGUGCUUAAUUUUAGCUGCCAAAAAUCUAAACGAUUCUUCACCAUUAAAUAAACACUGGACUAAAUAUACUAAUGGAUUAUUAACCUUACAAGAAAUUAAUACGAUUGAAAGAGAAUUAUUACAAUACUUUGAUUGGAAAAUAACGUUUAGUGAAAAUGAUUUGUUAUUAUGUCUGGAACCCCUAUUGUUACCUAUCAGGCAGGAAUUAACCGCAAAAUACAAUGGGUCCUUGGAUUCUUUGAGCUAUUAUCGUAAGAGAAGAUUAUACCAUCAAUCUGGUGCAAGUAGAAAUUUAUCAGGGAUUUUAUCUUCUAUAAGUCCGUCUAGUUCAACUGGUGUUAAUUGUAGUUCCUGGAGAUCUUUAAGCAAUAAUUCUAUUCCUUCCUUGCAAUCAUCAUCUACCAUUUCUAGUAUAGUUAGUACUGAUACUGCUAAUACUUCUAUUUCCGUUUCCAAUAAUAAUAAUUGCAAUAGCGGCAACUCCGGUGGUUUUAUUUAUAGAAAACAGCACGCUAAAGCAAACUCUUUAAUACUAGAAGAACAAGAAGACCAUGUAAAACAAAAGCAGAAAUAUAAUGAAAAGGAGAAUUACCAACUUUAUGCGUGUUAUUACAAUACUGACGAAAAUGCUAAAAUACUUUGUCCUCCUAAUCAACAACAUAAUAAGACAAUCCGCAUCAACAAUAGUAAUAAUAAUAAAAAAGAGUUAUCGAAUAAUAAUAUUAAUGUUGGAAACUUUGAUCAUCAUGUAUCCGUUACCUCUUCAAGACAUUUUCUUUGA